AUGGAGGCCAAGCUCUUCAUGCUAGAUUUCACGAGCUACUUGUGCGCUGUUGUGAACAAGUGUAGUUGUGGAGCUGUUCUAAAUGCUGAUUCUAAUUGCAGUACCUUGGUUGUAAAGCAGAAAUUGCCAGGUGUCUAUGUGCAGCCAUCUUACCAAUCAGCAUUAAUGUGGUUUGGUGUAAUAUUCAUAAGACAUGGGCCCUACCAGGAUGGUGUGUUUAAAUUUACUAUCUAAAUUCCUGAUAAUUACCCAGAUGGAGACUGUCCGUGCUUGGUUUUUGAUCUGCCUGUCUUCCAUCUGCUAGUAGAUCCUUUAUCUGGUGAACUGAAUGUGAAAAGAGCAUUUGCGAAAUGGAGGCGAAAUCAUAAUCGCAUAUGGCAAGUAUUAAUGUAUGCUCGCAGAGUCUUCUACAAGAUUGAUACAACUACUCCUCUGAACCCUGAGGCUGCAGUGCUGUAUGAAAAAGAUAUUCAGCUAUUCAAAAGUAAAGUGGUGGACAGUGUCAAGCUAUGCAGCAGUCAUUUAUUUAAUCAGGCCAAAAUAGAGGAUCCUUAUGCAAUCAUGUAAGUACC